AUGUUGGCUACUGGAGCCGCUGUCACCAAUGUCACGGCCUUGGCUCAGGUCGACCGGGAGAAGAUUUAUCAAUGGAUCAAUGAGUUGUCCAGCCCGGAGACGCGAGAGAAUGCCUUGCUGGAGCUCAGCAAGAAACGGGAAUCUGUGCCAGACUUGGCACCCAUGCUCUGGCACUCCUGUGGCACCAUCGCAGCACUUUUGCAGGAAAUAGUCAACAUUUAUCCAUCUAUAAACCCGCCAACGUUGACAGCUCAUCAGUCGAACAGAGUGUGCAACGCGUUAGCGCUCCUUCAGUGUGUUGCCUCACACCCGGAAACGAGGUCAGCCUUUCUCGCAGCCCAUAUCCCCCUCUUUCUGUAUCCUUUUCUCCAUACGGUCAGCAAAACGCGACCGUUCGAGUACCUGCGACUUACUAGCCUCGGAGUCAUAGGUGCUCUGGUCAAAACGGACGAGCAGGAAGUGAUAAACUUCCUCCUUACGACUGAAAUCAUCCCGUUGUGUCUCCGUAUUAUGGAAUCAGGGAGUGAACUGUCAAAGACGGUUGCAACUUUCAUCCUGCAGAAGAUACUGUUGGACGACACAGGGCUGGCCUACAUCUGCCAGACAUACGAGCGAUUCUCCCAUGUGGCCAUGAUCCUCGGCAAAAUGGUUUUGCAGUUGUCCAAAGAGCCUUCCGCACGUCUGCUGAAGCACGUGGUCCGAUGCUAUCUGCGCCUCUCGGACAAUCUAAGAGCCAGAGAAGCUCUGCGGCAGUGUCUACCCGACCAGCUGAAAGACAGCACCUUCGUCCAGGUACUGAAGGAGGACACCACCACAAAGCGCUGGCUGGCCCAGUUGGUGAAGAACCUCCAGGAGGGUCAAGUGACCGACGCCCGUGGCAUCCCGUUGGCACCGCAGUGA